CGCAGCUGAGUCACGGCCUCGCACUUCACCCACCCGAGCGGCGAAUCUGACGCAUCUUGAAUGAUAAUGGGGCCCGGUCGUCCCAGUUUGGGACGGAGCGGGGAGAGAAGUUACGCUUCUAGUGAUUUCUAACACAUGUGGAGGCUAUAAUAAACACGCGGGGGGCGAGCGUGUCCCAGAACCGGCCGUAAACCGCGUGAGGGACGGGUCUGCCUUCAUAUCUGAGCAUAAUAAUGCUCUGUAGCGUAGCAGUCGCCGCAGCACGCUUUUUAUUACCACGUCAAGGUCACAAUAGAGAAAGUGGCAGGAACUUAAACGUGGCACGUGUGUGAUUUUACUAAUUGUUUGUGUGGUAGUGAGAGUGACGGGACCCGAUCACGCGCAGGUCAGAGUUGAAGGACCAGGCGAACUCUCUCUGACUUCCUGUUUCAAGGCACUUUGUCACACGCUGUAGUUACGGUAACACGGUCUCAGGAACAGGAGCGGGACAAAAGGUUAAAGUAGGUCCGGAUCUGUGGCCGCAAACGUUCAGACUCACUCAGCAUCUGAUUAGAGUGCUGUCAUGUCAGAUGGUCAGAUUCCAUCAUAGUGUCAUCUUACACUUGGCUUGGGUUUCUUUGUGUAUCGCUGUUGCUGUGUUUAAAGUCAGCUAAUAGGAGCUGGGCAGCUGUUAGAAUCAGUUUUGUCACAUUCAAUAUCGCACUGCCUCAGGGGGUCGAUGGAAAGCUUUUUAAAGCCACAUCCCGUUGUCUGUUUGGAAAAUGCUUACUCACGACAGCAACAGGGGCCUCUGCUCCUUUAUCUUUAUCUCAGCGCUUCGUUGAAUACGGGAGCCGUGUUCGGAAUCUGGGCUUUAACGUCCAGGACGUUUCACUGUGCAGACCCCGCUGCACUGAAUGAAGUGAAAGGAUGGCGACGGCUGUACUUCAUUCGUGUGUAAAACUCUCAUUUUCUUUCCUAGAAUGAAAUAUAUUUGAAAACAAUAUUGUGCCUCCUCCUAUUUGGAAUGUGCUGAAUAUGCUCUCACUUAGAUCUCAGGGAAAAUUGAGGCUAGGUUUAAGGUUCCUCUCUCCUUCCGAGCACAACGUCUUUGAUUUGGAACGGACCUGUGGGCGACUUCAUCUCAUCUUUUGCCUGAACUGCUCUCCGAGGCGCCGCCCGGUGUGAGGUGACCCCGAGGGUCGGCCCGGGCUUCUUCUGCACCUGCAAACCGCCACGCCGCCGCCGCCAUGCAGUCCUCAUCGCUCCGGCGCCAGGUGAAGAACAUGGUCAACAACUACACGGAGGCCGAGGUCAAAGUCCGCGAGGCCACCUCCAACGACCCCUGGGGGCCGCCCAGCUCGCUCAUGUCCGAAAUCGCCGACCUGACCUUCAACGUGGUGGCCUUCACCGAGGUCAUGGGCAUGAUCUGGAAGCGGCUCAACGACCACGGCAAGAACUGGCGCCACGUCUACAAGGCGCUGACGCUGCUCGACUACCUGAUCAAGACGGGGCCCGAGCGCGUGGCCAAGGAGUGCCGGGAGAACAUCUACACCAUCCAGACGCUGAGGGACUUCCAGUACUUGGACCGGGACGGCCGCGACCAGGGCGUGAACGUGCGCGAGAAGGCCAAGCAGCUGGUGGCGCUGCUGCGGGACGAGGAGAAGCUGAAGAAGGAGAGGGGCCAGGCCAUGAAGACCAGGACGCGGCUGGCGGGCGUCACCGGCAGCCUGGGCUCCGGCUCCGGCUCCGGCUCCGGCUCCGGCUCGCUGCCCCCCCCCUACCCGGGACCCCGCCUCAGCCAGUCCGGCUCAGCGGGGGGCUACGGGGAGGACUUCAGCCGGAGCGCCCCGUCCUCGUUCCACUCCUCCUCUUCCUCCUCGCGGCUCGCUCCAGACCUGGAGCAGGCUCGGCCCUCCACGAGCGGGGAAGAGGAGCUGCAGCUGCAGCUGGCCCUGGCCAUGAGCCGAGAGGAGAGUGAAAAGCCACCCGCCCAAGUGGAUUUUGAUGAACAGACCCAACUGAGGAUCGCUAUGAGUCUCAGCAAGGAGGAGGCCCACAAGCCGGUCCAACGUGCGCCCGCCUCCGUGGACAUGGAUGAGGAGACCCAGCUCCAGUUGGCCCUGAAUCUCAGCAAGGAGGAGCACCAGCAGGAGCAACUCAGUCGGCAAGGAGACGAGUCGAUGCUGCGGAAAGCUUUGGAGGAGAGCAAGCGGGAGAUGGAAGCUAAAGGCGGGACUUCCUUCAUGGACCUAGUAGAUGUUUUUGCAGUGCCUUCAGACGUUCGCCAUAGUGACAAUGAAUGGAAUACAUCACGUCCAGCAGCCACUGGUCGAGAUGUCAGCCACCCCCCCUUCCCAAGAGCAGAUUCUCCAUGGAUGGUACCGCCGACUUCCAACAGCCCCCCCCCUCCAUGGGAGCCCCCGUCCGACCCCUGGCACGUCCUGCCGAACAGUGACUCGAACGUGAACGCCACAGGGCGCGUAUGGGCCCUGCCUGCCAACACAGGCUCCCCAAGCGUUGACCCAUUCUCAGUUCCGUCAGACACGCGGGCACCAAAGGGAGCUGUCAGUCAAGCGGUUCCGCGAACUGGAAGCCCCUCAGAUGGGGAUCUGUUUGACGAGGCCAUGGAUGGAGGUCAUGUCAACGGAAGGGGGGAUCCCUCCGAGCUCUUUGAUCUGUCAAAUCUGAGGGAAAGCUUGGUCCCCAGUCCUCGUAAAUGUCGGACACCCGAGGCCUUCCUGGGCCCCGCAGCAGCUUCCUUGGUAAACCUGGACACUUUGAUCCCAGGAAAUCCCUCAGCCACAACACUGAACCCCUUUUUAUCAGGGCCGGCUGCACCUUCGCCCAUCAACCCAUUCCAGAAUGAGCAGCCCAAACUAACUCUCAGUCAAAUGGGCUCGGGUUCCACAGCUUUUGCUCCUCCGGCCGCGUCUCUUCCGUACAGUGCGUCCUUGCCCCUGCCUUUGAGCCAUCAGCCCGCCAGCCUGCCCUCAUCGCUGACUCACCCCACCCAGCCCGGCUUGGAACUGCCAGGGAACCUCCCUGAGCCCUUGUUGCCGUUCUCCUCUGUCAACACUCAGGGACCACCGGGAUCACAAAGCAGUCAGAACCCUUUCUUAUGAGGACCAAAUGACAUGGAGACGGAAGCUUAAGCAUUAAGCUAUGCUCUUGAAAUCACCCUGUAAUUGCGAGCCAAUCUGCAGACCCAAUGACUUAUAAAGAACUUUCUUAGUUGUUUUUACAUCAUCCAAGAUAUUAUUACGUAAAAUGUCUUUUGGCCAUACUGUAUUAAUAAUUGACUUGAGGCAAACCCUUACAAAAGCACAGUUUGAUAAUCAGUUACCUCUACACUUCACAGGCAUAAAACCCAGGCAAAUGUGUUACUUUUCAGCACGUCAACAGUUUGAAUGACCUUCCCUCUGGCGAGACCAGUCCAGUUAAAUGUUCAGCAGCAGUUAAUUUUGGCGCUCCUGAUGGGAAUCCUCAGCAUAUACAUCACUUUACUAUGAUAAAAUAAAUUUCUGCAGUCAUGUAAUUAAAGUAUGCUUUGGAAGGACUUCAGAAAGAAAAUGUAUGAAUAACAUUUUAUUCACAGUAAAUCUUACAAAUUAUGACUUAAUAUAUAUGACUUAUAAUACUG